AUGUCAGUCAACGGAGAAGCAUUUAUAUUAGAUGAUCGUGCCAAGGCACUUGCCAACUACCCACAUAUGAGAAAGGCAAAUGGUUUGUUAUUCGUAUCUGGUAUCUCUUCAAGAAGACCUGAUAAUACUUAUGAAGGUGUUACAGUUGAAGCUGAUGGUAAAGUUACAUUAGACAUUAAAGCACAGACUAAAGCAGUGAUUGAGAAUAUUCAAACUAUUCUAAAGUCUGGUGGAGCUGACCUUGCAAACAUCAUCGAUAUGACUGUAUUCCUCGUCGAUAUGAAAGAUUAUGCUGGAUUCAAUCAAACCUACAACAACUACUUUAAUGCAGACACUGGUCCAACUCGUACCACUGUAGCUGUUCAUCAACUCCCAAAUCCAAACCUUUUAAUUGAAAUUAAAUCAUAUGACAUGACUGAAACAAAAAUGGAAACUACUUUAUUAUCACCUUUGGAAUAUUUACCAUUUGAAGUAUUUCAUAUUAUUUUAAAUUAUAUAGAGGAUCAAGACAUUGAAAGUUCAUUCCAAUAUGUAUCACAAACAGUUUAUCAUAGUUGCCAAGAUGACAGCUUUUGGAAAUUAAAAUCAAGAGAAAAAUUCCAAACCUCUCCAAAACUAAAAUCAUAUAAUCAUCCUCAACCUUGGAAAGAUUUUUAUUUUGAAAAUAUAAAAGAAAAAUAUUUAAUAAUUGCAUCUGAAAAUGGAAUUGAAAAGAUUCUAGAUGUACAAAUGACCUUGAAAGUUCAAGGAAUUCAAAAUGUCGAGAUUUUAAAUAUCAAUGGAUACAAACGACUUCCGGAAAACAUAUUCCAGUAUGACGCUAUUCUAUUUUUUUCAUAUUGUGGAUUCUUUCAAAAACAUGUAGGCGAUGAAUUAUAUGAUUUCGUUCAAAGUGGAGGUGGUGUAGUUUUAGGAACUUAUUCAAAUUGUGGAGGAGGAAAUAGAUUAGAAGGAAAAUGGUUGGAAAAUAAUUAUGAUCCUAUCACGGGAGGAUCGACUUCUCGAAUGUAUAAAUUAAAAUUGGGUAAAAGAGAAUGUGAGAAUCAUCCGGUUCUGAUGGGCGUAGAUAAUUUUUGUGGUGGUGGACAAAGUUCACAUAGCGACGGCACCCUUUCAACAGGUGCAACAUUAAUUGCAUCUUGGGAGAAUGGGCGUCCACUCAUUGCCGAAACACCAACCAACGGAGCAGGAAAGAUUGUAUCACUCAAUUUCUAUCCUCCAAGUGACCGAAUCGAAUCAGAGUCUUGGACACACACUUCCGACGGUGCUAAAUUACUAGCCAAUUCACUUCGAUAUGUUAGAGGUUUCACAUCUACAACCAUUUCAACAAACUCUUAUUAA